AUGGCAUCUGCUGGAGAGGGGGAAACAGGGAUCUGGAGACCUCAAGGAUACUUGACCUUGGACAAUGGUCAGAGGUCAGUGGCAGGAGGGCACUGCAGUCAGGAAGAUGCAUGGGAAAGAAAGGAAGGCCUCAGAAAGCCAGGAUUAGAGAAAGACAGCACAGGACGUGGGACAAGGACGUCCACACAGAAGGAAAAGCUGGGGAGCAAGGCAGUGGGGCUGGGAGCCCCUCAGAUAGAUCCCAGCCCCCUGCCUCAGUCUCCUGGCUGGAAAAGGAAGAGGGAGUGGUCAUCCGAAUCCAAGGAUGAGGAGUUGGAAGAGGAGCCGGUGGUCCCUGAGCCUAAGGACAUCUGGGUUGUGGAGUCACUGUGUGGGCUCAAUAUGAGACCGAAGAAGCAGCGAGUGUCCUCAGUGCUUCCCGAGCACCACCAGGCUUUCUCCUCUUUGCUCAAAGAUCCUGUCAUUAGAAACUUCCUGGCCUGGGACAAAAGUCUGAGGGUAUCUGACAAACACCUCCUCUCUAUGGUCAUAGCCUACUUUGGCCGGGCUGGCCCCUUCUCCUGGCAGUACCGACACAUUCAUUUCUUCAUAGCGCUCUACCUGGCCAAUGACAUGGAGAAGGAUAACCAGGCUCCUAAACAAGCCAUUUUUCCAUUCCUGUAUGGGGAGAGCGGCUUCCAGCGUCCGUUCCACAAGCUGCCCUACCAGUUCAUCCGAUCCACAGCUCCCGAGAAGCAGGAGCCCUCUCGCCCGCAGCCGCCGGCGCUGCGUGGGCCCGGACGGGCGCGGCCUCGGGACCCCAGCGCCCGCGGCUCGGCGCCCGCGGCGGGCGAUCUCUGGGUGACCACGUCUGCGAGGGACUUUGCUAUCCGUCUGCCAGGACCUGGGGAGGAAGAACCGGCAGCUCCCCAUCCCUUCCCCCUCUGCCAGCAUUUCGGGCACCCCGCAGGGACUCAUUUUGGGGUUCCCACUGACUUCCAGGAAGGACGGGAGUCCUUCUGUGACCCCCGCUCGGGCCGCCACCUGUCUUUGCCGCAGUGGCCCUUCUCCCACGACCCUGCGGUGCCGUGA